CGGACGGGCGGCUAGCGGCGGGGUAACACCUCAGCGCCGUCGGAGCGGCCCCCGGCGAGGCAGCACCACCGCUGCCGGCUGGCCACCGCCCCCGGGCCGCCCCGAGGGCGCUGCGCUGGGGGCACGGCGGGGCCUCGGGGCAAGAACGGGGCCGGGGGGGCCGGGGGCCGGGGCCAGGCUGCGCGGGCGCGGAGCGCUGCUGGCUCCUUAUCGGCGCCCGAGCAUCGGGGCGUCGCCGCCCGUCGCCUUCAAAGCGGGCGGCGGUGACGGCACGGCCGCCUCUCCCGUCGCAGCCCGUCGCAGCCCGUGCCGGCAGCAGACCGGAGCCAUGCUGCACUGGGGAUACGACGAGCACAACGGGCCUGCCCACUGGAAGGAAGUUUUUCCUGUUGCUAAUGGAGACCGUCAGUCACCCAUCGACAUCAAAACUGAGGAAACCAAGUAUGAUCCCUCUCUCCGUCCUCUAAAUCCCAAUUACGAUCCAGCUUCUGCUAAAAUCAUCCUUAACAACGGGCACUCCACCAGUGUUGAGUUUGAUGAUACCGUCAACAAAUCAGGUUCAUUCCAACCGAAUCGCUCAAGUCUCUUAUCUGACUUUAGCUGCAGCGAUGAUGAACCUACCACAGCCUUUGUGCUGACCGGGGGGCCACUCAGCGGGACCUACAGGCUGCGCCAGAUCCACUUCCACUGGGGCUCCAACGACGAGGCUGGCUCUGAGCAUGCAGUGGAUGGGAUGAAGUACGCAGCAGAGCUUCACGUGGUCCAUUGGAACUCGGAGAAGUAUUCCAGUUUCGUCGAGGCAGCUCGUCAGUCAGAUGGAUUAGCAGUCAUGGCUGUAUUUCUACAGAUUGGUGAAUGCAACCCUCAGCUGAAUAAGAUUACUGACCGCUUGGACACCAUCAGAAUCAAGGGUAAAAGAGCACUGUUCACAAACUUUGAUCCUAGCUGUCUGCUUCCCAAGUCCCUGGACUACUGGACUUACUUUGGCUCUCUCACUGUUCCACCUCUUCUUGAGAGUGUCAUCUGGAUUGUUCUGAGAGAGCCCAUAAGUGUUUGUUCUGAACAGCUAGCCAAAUUCCGCAGUCUCCUGAGCACUGCUGAGGAUGAGGUCGCCUGCUGCUUGCUGAGAAACUACCGACCUCCCCAGCCCUUAAAGGGACGAGAAGUCAGAAGAAAUUAGAGUAAAGCCAGAGUAGUCUCCCUCUGAAACCAAAGGCUGAAUUAAUUUUAAUAGUUAAUACACUUUGUGAUUUUUUGUUUGUUUGUUUGUUUUGUGAGUUGUUUUAACAAAUAGGUGUUUUAUUACUGGUUACCAUGCAGUCAUUUCUGACAGAGGCGUGUGUCCUGGGUUGUUGCAGGUUCAUCAGUGUUAAGAGGUCUGACUGUGUUUGAGUGCAUUGGUUUGGGAGCGUUGAGGCACUAGGGUUGGAUGCACAGAGCUGGCAGUGCUGAUCGCAAGGGUGAGGUGUGGUGAAGGAGUUGUCCAGAAUUUGCCACCAAAUUACUGAACAGGAUCCCUGAUAUUACUGUCGGUGAAGGAUGUUCUGAGAUUAUUCUUUUGGUCUCUAACACAUUUAGCUUCUAUAUAAGACUUCACACUGUAAUUCUGAAGAAAAAAAUAUUUUAAGCCUAAUAUCAUUUCAUUGCUGACUUCUACAAUGUCAUGCUUGUCUUCCUACAACAAGCAGUAAUGACUAACAGGGUUUAAGUAAAACAAGAUUAUUCAUAUGAUCCUGUUAUUCUGACUGCUUCAUAGCAGUAAUGAUGUGCUGAUCGAUUUUUUCCUUUAAAGCAAAUAGUAAGGAUUUUGUAUAUUGAUGGAUUAGGUAUUCCUGAAUUCCACCAUGUAUAGUGGUGAAAUUGUCCUGAAACCUGAAAACUGCAAGGUGGAAGAGCACAGAGGGAACCGUUUGUUCCUAAAUCCAGUCUGUUGCAGUUGGUGAACAGUAAGGGACCGUAACACUAUAUCCAUGGAGCAUCAGGCUCCUACCACUUAAAAUCAGGAGGCAGAGGUAGCUGUUGCUCCAGCCCGUUUCAUGCUUAGACGCGUUGCCCGCUGCAGUAUGAAUGAAACCCAUGCCGCAUACCUCACAUCUUGCAGUGGAGCACAGCACUACUCAGGUGUGUAGUGUCUCCUAAGUACUGGCUGAUGUUCUGCUGCCAUAGCUGAACUUGUGUGGUUGCACUUACAUUCCAAAACCAAAGAUAGCAGUUAGAACUAGCCAAAGAAAUCAGAAUCAAGUCAAAAUCUAAUAAAAGGUCAGCCCUCAACAGCGAUGCAUUGAAACGUCUGGCUUUAUGAAUUGACUUGAGCGUGUGUUUCUCUCAGGAGCUUUUGUUAUCUGAAUAUAAUUGCUCAUUUUACACAAAAUUUAUUUUUAUUAUUUUUAAUGAACUUGCUAUAGGAUAUAGCUUAGUAUAGGAUUAGAUUUACCCUCAGAUUGUGAGAACUAGGUAGUGAAAAACAGUGGUACCUGGAAGAGGCAGCUAGAGGUUACAGGGGCAGCACCUACCAGCAAUCUCUGUAGUAAUUCUGACCGGCUCAUCUUUGAUGACUGCUCUCCAUGAAUCUGAGGAUUUUUAUAGGUUUUCUAGGCUGUGCCUUUUACCUCAACAGGUCUUUUGAUCUUAGAUGGACAAAUGAGGGAAAUCUGAAUCAGGAUUGAUUUUUUAUCUUUAUAUACCUUCUUAUAACUGAAUAAAUUAGACAUAGAGACAUAGAUAUUUAGCUUAGUUUAAGGUAGGUGGAUUUUUUGUUUGUUUUCUCCUCCCCAGCAUAUAGCUACUAUUGCUGCAAGGCCUCUCGAUGCCUUCUGAAUGUUUUCUGAAGGAAAGAACACAGUAGACCAUGGGAGAAAUAAAAGAUAUUUGGCAGUGGCAGUAAGUACAAGCAUUAACCAAAGGGGAAAAAAUUCUAGGCACUUUUUGUUUUCUGGCAUAGGGAGAAGAAUGUAGCUGAAAAGACCUCAGGUUGGUUCUUUCUGAAUGAGGACAUCUGGAAAAUGUGCGUGGGGAGAGCAGAAGUGUGUUGCGUGUUUUCAUACCCUUUUUUAGGCUUAGUGUUGGAUCUGAUGUUUCCCUGUCAUGUGAGUAGCUGCAGAAUGUGGACAAAAUGUUUACAGAUUGCAUGAAGGUUAUGAAGUUUGUUUGCCUCAGAAGAGAAAGUAAUAAGGCUACUGCUUUGUAUCAGAAACAAAAGUUUUACAUGUUUUUUACAUAUUGAAAACAGUGGAGUUGAUCCACUGCUUUCAUAUUUAUAAGGAUUUUAGCAAAAUAAAAAAUGGAUUUUA